AUGACGACUGAAAUUCCGUAUUUCAUUGUGAUGGGGGACCCUGUGUGCGUGUGUAUGACGUCUGCGCAGGAUUUGGUGAGGUAUAUUGUUGCAGCGCUGGACUUGCCGCAGUGGCCGACGGAGUUUCGAGUCUAUGGUGAGCGUAUGACUUUAAGUGAUGUUGUGAACGUAGUGGAAAACGUCCGUGGUGUUCACUUUGAAAAAACUCUCCUUACCGACGAAUCCCUUGAAACUUCUCUGGCACAUGCGAAAGCUUCUAGCAACAUCUUGGAACAAUGGAGCCUUCACCACCUGUUGGCAACAACAGCUGGUUGUUAUGACUUUGGGGCCCCUAACCUGCAUUCCCUAGAUAAUGUCAAUCCUCAGAAAUUCUGCGACUGGUUGCAUGCCGCCUGGUCAUUGGCAUCCUAG